AUGGAUCAAGUCAUCACCGCCUCUCGGACAUCCCUCACUCCCUGCGACCGCGGGAUUUUGGAUGUUUCGCCGUCCGCGCGUGCCUCGGCGCGGGGUCACUCCCGGGAAGCGUCGGAUGACCGUAGGGUGUCGAAACGGCCGCGAACGGACAGCGAGCGGGAUGACAGCGGCAGCAGUGCCGGGGAUUUCCUUUCAAACCACCUGGUUCCCGCUAACCAUCGGGCUUUUGUAGGGCGGAGUGAGUCUGCAGGUAGUAGCAUGGAUUCGCAACGCAGCAGCGUGAGGGUCGGCGUUAGAACGGGCGACAACGAGCGAUUAAGGUGCUCCAGCGAGCCUGCGACUCCGGACGGUGCGCGGCAACGAGAAGCGGUGCAGGCAGCGAGUCAGUCGGAGGGUGAGCAGGCCAUGCCACCCGCGGAGGCAGCGGCAGUCGUCAAGGGGUAUGCGACAACACCGCGCGGACAGGUUCACUACCGCAGGUGCGGGUCAGGCCAUCCGGUGGUGCUGUUGCACGACGCUGGACGUUCGUCCGCCAUGUGGGCGCCUGUGCUGCCGCUGCUGGCGGCGCGCGGGUGUUGCGCGCUGGCCGUGGAUCUGCCGGGGUGCGGCGAGACGACGGCGGCGUGUCGCGACUACAGCAUGCUGGAGAUGGGCGCCAUCGCCGUCGCCGCCGCCAUCAACGUCGGCUUCGCUCAACGCUUUGACCUUGUGGGUCAUGGAUUCGGGGCGAGCUUGGCGCUGCAGAUGGCGGCCGUGUUCCCCGCGCGGGUGAGGCGGGUGGGGCUGUGGGGCGUCAUGCCGCAGGACGAGCGCUCCAAGCAGCUCGCAGCCGCAGUGCAGGCAAUAAGCGCGGGGGGUGGGGAUGAGGAUGGUGGGGCGGCUGCUGCUCCACAGAGCGUGGUGGCGGUGGCAGUGCAGCAGAUGCUGAUGCGCAGUACAGCCCACCAUGUGCCUCUUCAUCAACUCGUUGAAGCGGUGAUGGAGGGCCUUCAGUCACUGCCCACGCGCCACUUGCUCGCCAAGGCGCAUGCAGCAGUGGACCACGGGGAUCUGCUGGACAAGGUGCAACAGCCCGUGCUGUGCCUGGCGGGCUGUGACGACCCAUUCCAGUCAGUCGCCUCCCCUUCUUCGCCUCGCUCCGCUCACUUCAUCCCUCGUUCAGCUAUGGCUGCCGCCACCUUGUCCUCUGCCCUGCGACUGACCGGUGCCGCGUGUGCCGCGCGUAUCUCGCGCUCCUCCGCCCUCCACACAGCCGCUGCCUCCUUCAAGCAGGGUACCCCAGCCGUCGGAUUCUCCGGCGCUCGCCUCCGCGACGUCCGACGCUCUGCGACGCCUGCUCACGGUCAGACGACUCGGCGACACAUGGCGACCGUUGCGACGAUCAAGGUCGGCGACAAGCUGCCCGACGGCAGCCUCUCCUACUUCGACGCUGAGGGCGCGCUUCAGACCAUCACUAUCGAGUCACUCACCAAGGGCAAGAAGGUGGUGCUGUUCGCGGUGCCGGGCGCGUUCACGCCGACGUGUUCGCAAAAGCACCUGCCGGGGUUCAUCGCCAAGGCGGACGAGCUGCGCGCCAAGGGCGUCGACACCAUCGCCUGCGUCUCCGUCAACGACCCCUUCGUCAUGCGCGCCUGGGGCGAAUCCGUCAACGCCGCCGGCAAGGUGCUGCUGCUCGCGGACGGCAGCGGCGUGUACACGGCGGCGCUGGGCGCGAGCCUGGAUCUGGCGGACAAGGGGCUGGGCGUGCGGUCGCGGCGGUACGCGCUCCUGGCGGACGACGGCGUCGUGACCGUGCUCAACCUGGAGGAGGGCGGCGCGUUCACCAACAGCAGCGCCGAAGACAUUCUCAAGGCGCUGUGA